UAUAAUAAACACUAACCUUUAAAUAUUGCCGUCCUAAUCUAGAUAUUUUUUUGAUUGAAUAUUGUUUAAUUUAAGCAACAAUACCGUAAUAAACAGAUUUAACCUCAAAACUGCACGUGUACUUACAUAGAUAGAAUUGAAUAGAAUAAAAGCACAAAAUGACUCGGAAAAGAGAGAAAAGAAAGCCCCCAAAAUCAAUUUCAGUUGUUGAAAGACAUACUGACAUUGACGAAAAAAAUGAAGCUGAUGAGGAGGAUGAGAACGUGUACUUUAAUACCAUUGAAGAAGAGGAUGAAAAUAGCGCCUCAGACUCUGAACUGGAGGAUGAUAGUGAUGGAGAAACUGAAAAGGUAUUAGAAGACUUUGUAGAUGAAGUUAACAGUGAAGAAUAUAGUGAUAGUGAUGAGCAUAAUGAAGAUGAUAAUCUAGAAAGUGCAAAUGAUAAUGUGAAUAAGGCGGAUAGUGUAGAUGAAAGUGAAAGUGAUAAUGAAUUGGAAGAAGAUGAUUCAUAUGAAAGUGAAGAAGUUUCUAGUGCCCCAGAAAGUGACAGUGAUUCAGAUCAGGAAGAAAAGAUUAAAGGACCUUUGAAAAAUAAACAGUUAAAGCAACAAUCAGUAAAGGUCAAUAAUAAGUUAUCUAAGCUCCACCAAAAUGGUAAAAAUAAAUUUCAGAAUGAAAAUAAGGAAUUUCCCAGUGGAAAGGAUGAGUAUGCAGAUGGAGAUACUUCUGAUGAAGAGGACAUUAGAAAUACUAUUGGUAACAUUCCAAUGAAAUGGUAUGAUGAAUACAGACAUUUGGGGUAUGACUGGGAUGGAAAUAAGAUAUCAAAACCAGAACAGACUGAUACGAUAGAUAACUUUUUGAGAAAAAUUGAAGAUCCUGAUUUUUGGAGAACUGUAAAAGAUCCUCAGACAGGACAGGAAGUAGUUCUUAAUGAAAAUGAUAUCGAGUUGAUUAGAAGAAUUAAAGAACAGAAAAUACCAGAUGUCAGUUUUGAUGACCAUGCACCCUGGAUAGAGUGGUUUACCAGUGAAGUGAUGCAGAUGCCUUUGAGGAAAUUUCCUGAGCACAAGCGAUCUUUUCUGCCAAGUCGGGACGAAGCAAAGAAAGUUUCCAAACUCGUUCACGCUCUUAAAAUGAGUUGGAUUAAAUCAGAAGAGGAGCGUCGUAAAGAAAAAGCGAAAAAGGAGCCCCAGUUCUAUAUGUUAUGGCAAACGGAUGAUCAGUCAGAAGAAAUGCGUCGAAUUCAUAAGCACAUACCGCCCCCUAAGAGGCCUCUUCCUGGACAUGCAGAGUCCUAUAACCCUCCACCAGAAUAUCUCUUCGAUUCUAGGGAACUCAAACAAUGGAACAAACACAAAGAAACUCCGUGGAAGAGGAAACUGCAUUUCGUCCCCCAAAAGUACGAUUCUCUUCGAAAAGUCCCGGCUUACUCAAGAUUUAUUAAAGAGCGAUUUUUACGUUGCAUGGACUUAUAUUUGUGUCCCAGAGCGAUCAAGAUGCGUCUACAGGUGGAACCUGAUGAUUUGGUUCCUAAGUUACCAAGUCCUAGAGAUCUUCAACCGUUCCCCACCCUUCUGGCCAUAGAAUACAAAGGUCAUACUGACAUGAUACGUACCAUUACCACUGAUAAAACGGGGCAGUAUUUGGCUAGUGGUUCCGACGAUUGCACAGUGAAAGUGUGGGAAAUAAAUACUGGACGUUGUCUGAAGACUUUUAAGACGGACGCUGUCGUGAGGACUAUUGAAUGGUGUCCUAAUGAAAAGUUGCCCCUUAUUUUGGUUGCCAGUGGUAGGAAGGUCAUCCUGAUAAAUCCAAAUGUGGGCGAUUUUCUGCAGAAUAUAAAGGCAGACGAAAUAUUAAAGGAGAAGCCGCAAAGUGAAGUUAUUGUAAGCGACAGGGUGAAGACGACUGUACGGUGGGAUGAUCCAACUGAGGAAGAAUAUGAAAAGGGGUUCAGGAUUAUCUUGUCCCAUUUCAAAGAGGUGACUCAGGUAACUUGGCAUGGUAAGGGAGAUUAUUUUGCCUCUGUGAUGCCGGACGGUCAAAAUCGAUCUGUUCUUGUUAGUCAAUUGUCGAAAAGACGAUCGCAGUUGCCGUUUGCAAAGUCAAAAGGGCUGAUACAGUGCGUCCUCUUCCACCCGUCGCGUCCAUUUCUUUUCGUCGCGACGCAACGACACGUGCGCAUCUAUGACUUAGUCAAACAAGCGAUGGUCAAAAAAUUGAUGUCCAAUUCGCAUUGGAUUUCGUUCAUGGCGGUUCAUCCUGGUGGGGAUAAUCUCCUCGUAGCUACAUACGAUCGUAAAAUGUUGUGGUUUGAUUUGGACCUAAGCACUAAACCAUACCAGACCUUAAGAUUGCACGGGACAGCCGUUAGGGCUGUGGCAUACCACCGGAAGUACCCCCUAUUCGCUUCCGGGUCGGAUGAUGGGAGCAUGAUCGUGUCCCAUGGCAUGGUAUACAAUGACCUAUUAAAAAAUCCGUUGAUAGUACCUCUGAAAAGGUUUCAGGAUCAUACCACAGAUAAUGAUUUUGGUAUAUUUGCAGUACAUUUUCAUCCACUUCAACCAUGGGUUUUUUCAGCAGGAAGUGAUUCUACAAUUAAAUUAUAUAGCAAUUAAUUGGUGUCUAUAUUUUUAGAUUAAUUUUAACUGUUUCCCAUAUUUCUAUAAGAUAUUAUGGAAAUGUUAUUGUUUAAUAAGAGAAAAACUGCUCAUUAAUAAUGCAUAAAUAGAUAAGCAGAAAAGUC